AUGUACAUUCAUGGCCCUGAAUUGAUACGUGGCUUUGGCUGGCGAACAGGUCUCCUGGCGAUCAUAUUGGCGCUGUUUGCCGCUUAUCUACGCUACAAGCAGGUGCUGAAGAUGUGGCUACGUGGUCGUGGUGUGUGUGGUUUGGCGUGGGGCGCCGCGGAGGACGAGCUGGACACGGAUAAGCUGUUUGAUGUGUUCGUGUCGUUCAGCAGCAAAGACGCCGACUGGAUACACGAAAAAAUCAUUCCGGGACUGGAGGCGAAUGGCUUCUCCUGCUGCACUUACGAGCGCAAUUUCAAGGGCGGCUUCCUUCUGCAGGACAUCAUUCACGAUGCUGUGGCGCGCUCACGGCGGACACUUCUUGUUCUCACGCAGAACUUCUUGGCGAGUGACUGGUGCCGCUUAGAGUUCCGGUUGGCACACCAGCGUGCUCUGCUGGACAACGUCAAUCGGCUUGUCAUUGUCCUUGUGGACGAGCUAUUGCCUGGUACACUUGAUGAAGACCUGCGGCUGUACGUGCGUGCAGCGAACUACCUGCGUUGGGGUGAGCCGAACUUCUGGGACAGGCUGCUGCACUCUCUUCCCACGAAACAAGCUGAAAGAAAGCUCAUCAUCGAGGGAGUGUCAUCGCAGCUUCCCGCAAACAGCACUGGCGACAUCGAGCUUCAAUAGCUUUUUAAAUGCAACCAUAGAAUUAAGAAAAAGGGCAGAAGGAAUCCCCGCCCAGAACAAAGUGAGGCAGCGUCAUUUUUAUCAUCGCGAAUAGUUAUCAGCCAAAGUCAUCAGCACCGCGCAUCUGCAUGUCACACGAGCCAUGACACACGUGCUUUCGUUCUGGAUCCAGCUAGCCGCCGCCGCCGCUAAGUAUUCAGCCUUCGCCAUUUUUCUGAUGCAAAUUUAGGGUUUCGCGUAGCUUCAGCCGCCGUCAUGAAUUCCUACUAUAGUGACCAAAUAUAAUGCGCCGUUCUCUUAGCAGACCGCUGCCAUGAAUCCGCCGCAGUUCUUCCCGCCGCUUCCGCUGUUUCAGUUUAGUGGUCUGCUCGAACAGAUCGACGUCAUCGUGGAGCUGAAAGGGGUCAGUGCAUAAGCGAUGAAACGUGUCAUCCUUGAGAACGCCCUAGCGUGCAAGAUACAUAAAGUUUUCGUCGACCCGUGCGCCAGCCCAUGGCCCUACGACGAUCUGCGCCCUGCGGUGCUGGACUAUUACGGAUCCCGGUACCUCCCGCUUCCAGAGCUCGACCAUGGGGUACCACAUCUGCCGCCACCAACUCCUUCGGCGUCCAUCGCCUCAGGUCUAGAACCAACCACCUCUCUUCUUCCGCCGUGGCACCACGUUGAGCCGCACCGGUUUCCAUUGGCUAAUGCCGUGUUGAUGGAGACAUGCGCUACCCCGGAGGCCUUGGCCCCUGCCUCUCACGCACCGCGUCCGUUGUAAAAGCCCGCGCACCCUUUUUACAUCCGGGGUACUUCUAAUGACAGGUUCCUGCCAUGUAUGCGACUUUCUUGCCACCGUUGAUGGUCCGUGAUACCGCAGUCCCAGAGUCAGCUCCUGUGCCGCCGUUGCUUAUGCCUACAGUCAUGCUUCUGCCUACACACCACCCGAGAUCCAACACUACUGGACGAUGUGGCAGCGACUAAGGUUGCGCUGGUGCCAUCGAAGUGACCCUCGCAUCGCCCUUCUAGCGCUGCCAUGGUCUGGUACCCCUCCACUAAAAAGAACAGUGUGCCCUACUGUGCAAUAGUGUCGUGUGUGCAACCACAGGCAUGGAUAGAUUGCGCCUGUGCUUGUGCCACUUUACUUCUUCUGCCCCUAUGUACGGCUCGGUCCACUUCAGACCAGCAUGUCGGCUUUGCCAGAUCGUGCAAAGAGCGUGCCUUUGUCACUGCCCUCUUGCACUACGCUAAUUUCACAUCCGACUCCCAGAGGAUCCACAACCUGAACCACUGCGAACACGUUGACGAAUCGAAUUGACAACCAGCCUUGUACAUCCGCCAUUUCAGCUUUAUGUAGACUUCAGCUCUGUGGGGGAAGCCAUCUGUAGCGUCAUCUGUAUCAUCCCGACAACUCAUCUGCCACAUAACAAGCGCGACAGACUUGCCGUAUAUAUUUGGGCGUUUUCGCUAUUAAGCAUGAGGAUGCGGGAUCAAACUUCGGCGCCAGCAGCUACGUUUCGAUGGCGGCGGAAUGGAAAAGCUCUCGUGUACCGUCAUAGGCUGCGGGGAAAAGAUCCCCGGUGGUCAAGCAGUCCCUCACUUCAGAGUGCCUCAUAACCAUAAUGUGGCAUCAGCACGUAAAACCCGGAAUUUUAUUAAUCAGCGCCGUGUGUCUGCAUGUGGCGCGAGAAACGUGAAACACGCUCUCGUUCUCGACCGGGCUGAUCGCAGCAGCCGCCGCUGCGCUCUCGGCCUUCAACUUUGUUCCGAAAUAAAUUCAGUGACGAGGGCAUGCCUCCUCGGCCACCAUCGACAUCCCGCGGUAGCGGUGACAGUGGAGAACCAGAGCCGGUUUUUACACAGCUGCUCAGCGAGUCAGCUUCCAACAUGUCGCCUGGCUUUCGCCCAGCGACCGAUUUUCCACCCCAUCUGUCCGCACCGUUUGAUGGGCCAGCGUCGAGUAUGAGCCAUGGAAAAACUUUUCAUUCGCCCCGACUACAUGUCAGCCAUGUUAUGAGUGGACAUUAUAUAUAGUCCACGUUCUCUCUUUAUUAUUACUUUCUGCAGUCGCUCGUAAAAUCAGCAAUCUGCUUGUCCUCGCUCUGUGGGUCUGUUGGCGUUGCAGCUCUCUACACAGGAAAUAAGGAAUCGUGGUUAUGUCCACCCGAUCACAAUUUUUUUAGGUGGACAAAUUAUUAUGCACUCAACGGA